AAGACUUGUGACCAUGUUGAGGACUCCACACACAGACUUCCGAUUGAACCCUUGACUUCCACUGUCCAGGGAGUGACAAUGUUCAGGCACAGGACACCCAGAGGGAGUUAUGAGUGCACAGUGUCUGGGCUCCGCUGGCUGUGUGAGAGAGAUGUCAUUCUGAAGUAUCACUUCAGGAACUGGGAACCCUACAGUCAACUUCUGAAAGACAUGCGGUACACACAAGGUGGUCCAUUGCUGGACAUCACUAUGGAGUUAGGUGAACUGGAGGAAGUUCAUCUGCCACAUUUUGUCUGUUUAGGGACCAACCCUUCCCUGAGGAAUGAGAUGAAGAUUCUUCAUGUAGAGGAACAUGGAGUGUCUUUAGAGGAAGUGCAUGAGGUCACCAGAUUCCAUGUUAAGAUUCUCCAUCCCAAGUUCUCAUCGGUCUCUGUGGUCCUGAACAAAAUCGCCUGUUGGAACGUAGAUGUCCACUGUGACGUGGUCCUCUAUUUGGCAGUAAAAAGGUCAACAGUCAUUUCAAGGCUGUACCUGCUCCUCAGAAACUCCAGUCAGAAAGAAGCUGUUCAGGACCGGGAGAAAAAUCAGCUGUCCCAAGGAUAUUCUGAAUUUCUCCUGUCAAGUCCAAACGGGUCCUUAAAGCUGAACAGUUGGUUUGCACUCAAGAAUCCCCUCUCCACCUCCAUCAAUCCAGAGAAGAUUCAGCUGUUGCCUGCAGACACCACACCAAGCUGUUGUAAGAUGAUAAUGGGAAACACAGGGGUGGACAUUGAGAUGGAGUUAAUCGGGGAUGAUGAGAGGACAGCGUGGAGAGAUAUGCUACAAGCAGAUGUGUACAUCACUGACACUCAUUCAACUAGUAAGUAAACAUGAGAGAUGCAAACCAAUGACUUGAGGGUCAGUCAACAUGGUUUACUGUAGGACUUGGACUCGUCCUGAUUUAUAAAAGACUGUCUUCAAGAACAAUGACAUCUCCUCCAGGACUUGAUGUAGAUCAGCCUGGUUCUGAAUGACCCAAUGACAUCUCCUCCAGGACUUGAUGUAGAUCAGCCUGGUUCUGAAUGACCCAAUGACAUCUCCUCCAGGACUUGAUGUAGAUCAGCCUGGUUCUGAAUGACCAA